CUGCCGGACUGAUGAGUUCGGUUUAUUUUCUGACCCCGGAAUGAUCACUCUGUUCUGAGCAACGCGAUCAGUGCGGCCGAUCGUUCCUCGUAGUGGUGUUGUUGUUAAUUCACGUGGUUAGAAAACAAGCACCUACCGAAAAUGUCUGAAGUGAUAGAAAUGAUAAUGAUUCUGAUAAUCGUGACGUUGUGCUUCCUGAUGAUACCGCUCAACUUGCAACCGAAUGCAGUUAUCGAGACACGUAAAAAGUUCGACAUCUUCAUACGGCUUUACGACAAGCCUUAUCGGUAUAACGUGCGCGAGUACGAACAUCGUUUCCAAGUAUUCCGAGCAUCGCUAAAUAAGAUUACGUCUUUAAACAUACGUCGUGUGGAGAAUGAUACAGCUAUUUACGGCAUAACACAAUACGCAGAUCUAACCGAUCAGGAAUUUUUGCUCAUGAACCUGGCAGAUUUGAAGCAUGGUCUGAUUCCGUCUAUUAAGGAAAGUGUAAGUCCCCUGGACAAGUUCAUAAUAGAGUCGAAAAGUGCCGAAAUGAAAGAUAACAUUAUCUUCUCCAGAGCAAAACGAUCACUCAAAAUACCGGAUUAUCUCCCGAAGGUCGUUGAUUGGCGAGAGAAAAAUGUGGUUCCUUCAUUGAAGUCGCAAGGAAAUUGUGGCGCUUGUUGGGCUAUUAGCGUUGUGGAUACCAUUGCAUCGCUAUCGGCCAUCAAGACAGGGUCAAAGAAUGUAACCGAAUUGUGCAACGAGCAAAUAAUCGAUUGUGCCGAAAACGGCAACUAUGGUUGCGACGGCGGUGAUACCUGUCGUCUGCUAGAGUGGCUACAAAACGAACAGAUCAAGGUAAACACGUUACAGGACUGUGAAUCUGGGCGAUUACAAAAUGGCAAUAAGGACAGAUGCAAAUUUAUCAAAGCUAAUAAAGGAGAUUUCAAGACAGUGCAGCGAUAUUCUUGUGUCAGUUUGGUUAACCGUGAACACUUGAUGCUGCGCUAUUUGGCCACGCACGGGCCGAUUGUGGCAGCUGUCAAUGCACUAUCCUGGCAGUACUAUCUUGGAGGUGUGGUGCAAUACCACUGUGACGGUGACUACGACGAUCUCAAUCAUGCGGUGGAAAUAGUCGGAUACAAUUUGGAAGGAAGCAUACCCUACUACUGGGUGAAAAACUCAUGGGGCCCGAACUUCGGCGACCACGGGUACAUCAAGAUUGAGAUCGGUAAAAACCUGUGCGGGAUUGCGAAUCGGGUUUCUUUCAUUGAGUUGACGUGAAUAAAAUAAAAACAAGCUAAAGUCAAAAU